UUUUGGUGAUGCUAUAGCGAGUCUUUCGGACACCUUCGGAAAUUAUUCAAUCGUUCUGAGUGUGUGAAUCAAAGACGUGUGAAUCAACUUUUUUGAGUUUGAGAGAAGUUUGAAUGAGUUUAUUAUGUAAAUAAAAAGUUAGAAUGUCAGGAUCUUUAAUAGUGUUAUGUAGGUUUCCGGCAAAGCGAUCGUUGGAAAGUUUAACAUCCAUAUGCAGAAACAGUCAUGGUUUAAAAGAUGUGUGCUCAAGUAGACUGCUUUUGCCAAAGGGGGAAAAUGGUUCCUUAAUCCAGAAACAGUUUAUUCGAGGAGGUCGAGGCACAAAGAAGACGCCGUAUCCGGAAUAUGAGAGUGAUGGUUCUCGUCUCUUCAAACACUUCCAGUUAACAGUCACUGUGUGUGGAUGCAGUUUCGUUGGAUCUAUGAUAUGGCAGUAUGAAAACAUUAAGCAAAAAAUCAAGGAAGUGAAACAUCAAAUAAACGCGCACGGUGAAUUCAGAAUGCACUACGUAGAUUUUACAAACUUGGUGAGCGGGAUCAUUGUGGCGAAUGUGGCAGUGUUCGCCAUGUGGAAAAUUCCUCGUCUUCUUCCUUUCAUGCAGAGAUAUUUCCUUUGCUCUCCUUGUCGAAGUCAGUCUGUCUUCGGGGGAUUUUUCGCUGCAUUCAGUCACGACAACUUUUUCCAUCUCUUCUGUAACAUGUAUGUUUUGUGGAGUUUUUCUGCCGUUACUCUUAACCUGUUUGGCAAGGAACAGUUUUUAGCAGUGUAUUUAAGUGGUGCUGCCUUGUCAUCAUUUCUCAGCAUUUGUAACAAAGUACUCUUGCGAAUUCCCACGGCUUCUGUUGGGGCAUCUGGUGCCAUAUGUGCCUUGAUUGGAGCUACAUGUGUAACAUAUCCUGACGGCAAACUCAGUAUAGCGCUCGUCAACCAGAUUUUUCCACAUUCAUUUACGGCUCAAUCCGGCCUUAUUGGAUUAAUAACUUUGGAUACCUUGGGAAUAUUGUUAAGAUGGAAGUUAUUUGACCAUGCAGCCCAUUUAGGUGGGACUUUAUUUGGCAUAUGGUAUGUGAAGUAUGGACAGGACCUUAUUUGGAAAAAGAGGGAAUCAUUUCUGCAAUGGUGGCAUAAAAUAAGAGAAUCAAAGACUUAGAUAUUGACUGCAAAUUUUCUAUCAAUAAAGACUGUACAAUAAAUUAUAGCUCAAUU